AUGUGCACUUGUUCUGUUGUGUUAGCUCUCUUGUGUAUAUAUCUUAAUGUGUUGCAUGUGGUUAAUGAAGUAAAGAAAAGAAGUUAUGUUCCACUGCUUGUCUGUGUUUGUGAGCAACAUCUACAUAACGUGCUUAGAAGUGUUGAUCGGAAUUUACCUCCAGGACCAAAGCCUUUGCCACUUAUUGGGAAUUUGCACCUUGUGGACCUAUGGCAACCUUAUGAUUCACUUAAACAGUUAUCAAAGAAGUAUGGAUCCAUAUUCACUAUUUAUUCAGGAACAAAGAGGUCAGUGGUGCUGUGUGGUUACGAGACCGUGAAAGACGCUCUCGUUAAUCACGCGGAGGCAUUUUCUGGAAGAGCCCGUAUGCAGAUCUUACAGGAUUACUCGCAAGGGUAUGGUGUUUCUUUUUCCGAUGAUGAGAACUGGAAAGUAAUGAGAAGAUUUAUCCUCUCAACACUACGAGAUUUUGGAAUGGGAAAGACAAUCAUAGAAAAUAAAAUUAACGAAGAAUGCGAUUGCUUGGUGGAAAAACUACAUUCUUACAAAGGAGAGCCAUUCGAAAACACCAUGUUAAUGAAUUCUGCUAUAGCCAAUAUCAUCAUAUCCAUUGUUAUUGGUGAACGGUUUGACUAUGACAACCCAAGAAUUUUGAGAAUCAUAUACUUAAUAAAUGAAAUUUUAAGACUUUUUGCACAUCCCAUCACCCUGCUAUAUAACACCUUUCCAUCUGUCAUUCGCUGGUUUCCUGGGAGCCAUAAAACGGUUUUGAAAUACAUGGAGGAGCUGAGGUUGUUUUUUAAGGAGAUAUUUAUAAACCGCAAAAAGCAACUGGACAUCAAUGACCAGCAAAAUGUGAUAGAUGCAUUCCUCGCCAAACAACAAGCGGAAAAGCCUAAUCCUGAAUUAUAUUUCCAUGAUCAAAAUCUCAGAAUACUUGUGACUGAUGUAUUUGCUGGCGGGAUGGAGACGACCUCAACCACCCUCCGAUGGGGCCUUCUGCUAAUGAUGAAGUACCCAGAAAUUCAAAAAAAGGUCCAAGAUGAAAUAGAAGAAGUGAUUGGAUCUGCCACACCUCAGGCAGAACACAGAAAGUUAAUGCCGUAUACCGACGCCGUUAUUCAUGAAAUCCAAAGAUUCAGUGACAUCGUACCAAUCGCCGUUCCACAUGCAACUACUCAAGAUGUUAUAUUUAGAGGAUAUUUUAUUCCAAAGGGUACCGAAAUCAUCACAUUUCUAACGUCUGUACUAAAGGAUAAAGCUCACUUCGAGAAACCAGAUGAGUUUUACCCCCAACAUUUUCUAGACUCUGAAGGAAAAUUUGUAAAGAAAGAGGCAUUUAUUCCUUUCUCAUUAGGUCGAAGGAGUUGCAUUGGUGAAAAUUUAGCCAAAAUGGAGCUUUUCCUGUUCAUCAUUAGGCUGCUGCAGAAUUUCACAUUCCAGCCUCCCCCGGGGGCUGAACUUGAUAUCACACCAGUUAUUGGCUCUACUAGUCCUCCAAAACCACAUUGUAUGUGUGCGGUGCCUCGCAAAUAGUAUAACGGAAACUGAGUUUUUUCUUUUUUGUAAACAGAAUACGCAUUUAGAACAUGUCUACAUGUAUUUACAUAAUAAAUAUA